UCCUCUCGGCCCAGGCCGUGUGGAGCCCUGCGGGGGCGGGUCCGGCCGCUGCCCCCGCGGCGGAGGAGGGGGAGCCCCGCGGCUAUAAGCGCUCCCCGGGCCGGCGGGCGCGGAGCGGAGUGGAGGUUGCGGCUCUCGCUCGCGCAGCCAUGCCGCCGAAGAAGUACCUUGCCGCGGGCAAGAAGCGCAGCGCCGACUCCGGUGUGGAGACAGAGCGGGGCGCGCUGACCCAGGAGCAGAAGGACCAGCGGAUCAGCCUCUUCCUCAGGGGCUUCAACCAGCAGGCCAAAGACAAUCUUCAAGAAAUGAAGAAAGAAAUUGAUUCACUUAUGCAAACAGCUGAGAAAGCUUUUAGAGUGGAGUUACUGAAGAUGCCCGUUGCUGUCAGAAAAAUGAAAAGAAAAGACUUGCUUAACCUGCAAGGAGGAGAGGAAGCUGCUGUUGUAGCUGCCGCUGUUGUAGCGAAUGACUGCUCUGUAGAGGACAUUCCAAAUAGCAGGCUGGUGAGGAAUUGCAGUAAAAGAGUUAAGGUAACUACAAUUGUUGAAUAUAAAGAUGAGGAGAAUGUGCCUGCCAAGAAAGCAUCUCAAAAGGUGUCUAAAACAAAAUCACUGGUUUCCUUAGCUUCUGGCAUACAUCUCAAAGAAAACCACUCUCUUUCUCGAUCUGCAUGCUCUACUCCAAAUGUGAGGCAUUUUAAGGCUCCUACAUCUGAUCGCACAGCUGCAAACUAUAAAUCUGCUCCACGGGUUUCUAGAAGACUACCACAAAUAGCUGUCUCAAGAACUGUACCUGUGAGAGAAAAAGUCCAAGCCAUGUCACUAAGAAGUAACUCAGUGCCUCGGGAAAAAGCUGUUCCAUUUGUAAAUAUACCUCUGGCUGAUGGAAAGACUCUCUGUUCUGCUGGUGAAGACCUCCGUAACAUCAAUGUCGAGUUGCUUAAUGAUGACACGGUUCAGCAUAUUCAUAAUCUAGUGAGCCAGUUGACUGUUUUAUGUGGAAAAGCAACAGUUAAACCAAGUUAAUGGAGUCUACAUGUGUAUCUCUUGUUCUCUCAGUUGUGUAUUAUAUAAAUAUUCUGUGCAAUUACUGCUUGUCUGUUUUAAAUGUUUACAUAGAACUGAAUAUCUUUUUAAUAAAGUUUUAUACUGCAUAUUAAACUUUCUAUGUA